CACAAGUAUUGAAAUGUUCUGCAAACCAUGCUGCUGAUCGUUAGCACCACUCAAUCGCGCACGGUUCUGUCCGAUCGGUGGUUAUCGAUUUAAAAUUCCCCAGCCCAUCAAGAUUUCCCACAGGCGACCUGCAGUGGUAACGAGCGUGCUCGGUGUUCUGGUGAAACCCAACACAAAGCGUUUUGACCACGACGACGGGCGACUCUUUCCUGGCGCGCUGCAAUGCUCCCGUUAACUCACAAAGAUUCCCGGGGCUUCGGGUACCGGAUACGGGAAAAGUUCAACAAUCUCGCCCGGCUCAUCCUAGCCGAUCGUAACUCGCGCAACCUGUUCUUGUUCCUGCUGCUGAAUUUAAGCUUCGCCUUCGUCGAGCUAAUGUACGGCAUAUGGACGAAUAGUUUAGGACUGAUCUCAGAUUCGUUUCACAUGUUUUUCGACUGCACCGGGCUGCUGGCAGGUUUGGCGGCCUCGGUCAUAACGAAGUGGCGUGCGAAUGAAAAGUAUUCUUACGGUUACGUUCGGGCCGAGGUACUGGCCGGGUUUGUGAACAGUUUGUUUCUACUGUUCAUCGCGUUCUUCAUCAUGUCCGAGGCGGUCGAACGGGCCAUCGAGCCACCGGAGGUGAAACACGAGCGUCUGUUCGUGGUUUCGGUGCUCGGCCUGCUGGUGAACCUGGUCGGCAUUUAUGCAUUCCAACACGGGGGCCACGGGCACUCGCAUGGCGGCGGUAGUAGCCACGGGCACUCGCAUGGUGGCGGUGCUAGUCAUGGCCAUUCGCACGGUGGCGUCGGCAAUCAUUUGAACCACCACGACACGCACCAUCUGCUGUCAAACCACAACGAUCACGGGCAUUCGCACGGUGGCAACGAUAACCACAACGACCACAACCACCACCACCACCAUAGUACGGAGAUUGUGUCCACGAAUUCACAGAUUAUGCGUGGCGUGUUUCUACACAUUCUGGCGGACACCCUGGGCUCGGUGGGUGUGAUCAUUUCGGCGGUGCUGAUGCAGGUGUUCGGGUGGAUGCGUGCCGAUCCGAUCUGCAGUAUGUUCAUUGCGCUCACGAUCGGUGUCAGCACACUGUCGCUGAUCAGAGAGUCGGUGAUGGUGCUAAUGCAGCGGCAACCGGUUGCACUGGACCGUCUGCUGCCCUCCUGCUACCAGAAGGUAACCGGACUGGCCGGUGUGUACAGCGUGCAGGAGCCACACUUUUGGACGCUCUGCACUGACGUGUACGUGGGCGUCAUUAAGCUGGAGGUAUCGAAAAACGUCGAUCCGAAGUACGUCGUGCAGCACACGCGCAUGAUCUUUGAAGCCAUCGGCAUCCGGCAGAUCAACAUUCAGCUCGACUACACCGCAAUGUGAUAAGACCGUACAAGCUAGAGGGUUACUACUUACCACCCGGCCCCCCAGCCGGGAGGAUGAUUGCCCCGGCGGGUUGGGUGUGGCCUUCGCGAUUUUCUACUUUCCUUUCUUCGCAACACAACUCCGUGUUAUAAUGUUACUGUUUCCUACCUCCUCGGCGAGCUCCCGAUAAAGUUAACGUAGAUUCCGUGUUGUUUUAAUUCGAUAAGCACCACCUAGUGGGACAGGGACGCAAAAAGACGCUUACGGACAGCGUUGUGGGGGGAACUGUUGCUUACAGAAAGGCACCCUGUGGAGGAUGCAUCCCCUGUUUUAUUUUUGUUUUACAAAACCAACACCAAACGUGGCCGAGUUCCCUUUGUUUUCACCCCGCUGCUCUCCUUCCUUCUUCUGUGUCAAGCAACGGUGGCGCUUAAAGACUAUCCGAGGGGCGUGCGGAACGGAACGGAUCGGACCGUAGAGUUAAGUGAUUUACAAACAAGGAAGGCAAAGCCACUCGCAGCACUGUCCAGGCUCGUGGCUGAAGAGGGAUUCAAUUGUAAGAUUUAAAGUAAACGGCGAUAGUAUCAGCAUCAA